AGCCGGCCCGGGAGCUGCCGCCCGUACUCAAGAUGGCGGCCGUGGAGGGCGUGGCCUGUGACUCGGAGGUUCCGAAAAGGUGCGGUAUCAUGGCGGCGACGGAGGAGCGGAGCCGAGAGGAAGAAGAAGAGGAAGAAGAGGAGGCAGAGCAGUUGGUUCUGGUGGAAUUGUCCGGAAUUAUUGACUCAGACUUUCUAUCAAAAUGUGAAAAUAAAUGCAAGAUUUUGGGAAUUGACACUGAGAGGCCCAUUCUGCAAGUGGACAGUUAUGUCUUUGCUGGAGAGUAUGAAGUUGCUUUCAACUUUUCUGCAGACACUCUUGGGACCUGUGUUAUUUUUGAAGAAAAUGUUGAACAUGGUGAUGCAGAAGGCAGUAAUAGAACGGUGUUAAAAUAUAAGUGUCAUACAAUGAAGAAGCUCAGCAUGACAAGAACUCUUCUGACAGAAAAGAAGGAAGGAGAAGAAAACAUAGGUGGUGUGGAAUGGCUGCAGAUCAAGGACAAUGAUUUCUCCUAUAGACCCAACAUGAUUUGUAGCUUUCUGCAUGAAAGUGAAGAUGACGAUGUGGUAGCUCCAGCCUCAGAGAAACCUUUGGAGCUGGAAGAGCAAGAGAUUCAAAUGAAAGAUAGUUCAAACCUGAGUUAUGAACAGGGGAAACCACUGAACUUGGAGAUGGAGAAUUCUGGUUCUCUUACUGAUAUCCCUUCUGAGUCAGAAGGUUCUGUAUUUAUGGAAACUCAAGAUACUGCCUUAGAAAUCACUCCUAGAUGAAAUGUUUCUCAUAGUAACUAGUAACAAACUUUUUGGAGCUUUUAUAUAAAAUAAUUGACUGUGUAGCUUUUCAGUUCACUAUUUUACUAGUUUUGUUGACUCUACACACAUUUCCAAUUGUAGUACAGUUUAAUAUACCAGAGUCAUUAAGGACCAGAUAUGAAUUGAAUUUUUAAAAAUAUGAUGUAAAUGACUAUAGGGACCCUUCUCUGGUAAGUCUUUUAAAUUGGAAGUUUCAUUAAGGUAAGUGUAUCAUUUUUUAUUGCAGCUGUCACAGAUGACUCCAAAUGUAGUGGCUUAAAAUGACACAAGUGUAGGUCAGCUAGCUGACAUGGGCUAGGCUAAAAUCAGAGUGUUGGCAGGACCUCAUUCUCUACUGGAGGUUGGGGUUGGGGACUCUUAUUUCCUUGUUCAUUCAGUUAUUGGCAGAUUUCAGUUCUUUACAAUUGAAGGAUCAAUGUCCCAUUUUCUUACUAUCAUCUGAGAGCCAUUUCCACCUUCUAGAGGGUGCAUACAUUGCUUGGCUAUGGUCCUCUUCUCUUUAAAGCCAGUAAUGGUCAAGUCCCUCUCACUCUUUGAGUCUCUCCUGCUUCUUCCAUCAUACUAUUUCUGACUCAUCUUGCUAAUUACCUGACCCAGUAUCUGUUUUUUCUUUUUUCAUUUUGUAACAAUCCCAGAAUUAUUCAGGUUAUCAAUUUGCCCAUGUGUAUGCAUAUAUGUGGCCAUAUGACUAAGUUCUGGCCAGUGACAUGGAAUUAUAAGUGUUGAGUGAUAGAUACUUCUGGAAAGUUUCCUUAAAUUUUAAGACAUAAAGGGAAGUGGGCCAGUUCAUCUUCUCUUUCUUCCUGCUGGAACAUGGAUGUGGUGGCUAGAGCUUCAUCAGGCUUUUGGGACUAGAAAGUAA